AUGCCCACUGCCAAAUGGGAGAUGAUACACGUCCACCGUAUCGAAAUUGCACUGGAGAUGAUUUCAGCAAGCACAGAGCCGUGGGCUAAGCAGGCGAAUAAUGGGGUGGUCAUCUUUGCGCUCAGGCGACCACGCUCGAGACAGGUCUAUCUAGCAGGAUGCCACGACCUGAUCCAGCAGCUUGCAGGAAUGGGUGUCCGCAUAGAACCCCGAUGGAUUCCUGCGCACCAAGGGGUCAUUGGCAACGAGAUUGUAGACCAACAUGCAAAAGAAGCAGCCCAAGAACCGGAAGGCCCACAGAACCCACUUAACAGAGGUAUAUGUCUCGCAGCCGCAGUAAAACAGCGAAUUCGCAGCGGUGUAGGUGUUUAG